UGCCCGACCCCUACUCGAUUGGAGUUUUACAGCCGUAAAAAGGCUGCUAGGGAGACGCUGGACAGUUUAACGGAAUGUGAUUUGCGUGGCGCUUGUCGAUUUGAUCGCUUGCUUCUGAUCUCUUCGAGGAAAACGGGAGUAAAAUAAGUUGUAACCAGCCACAAAACUGACGUCUCUGCGUGUGACCAGGAAAAGUAACAAGCAGUGUUCGUUUUUCACUGAGUGAUAUUAGAUGUCUUAAGGAUAAAAUGAAAAUAAUCAACCGUCCUGCACCGAAAAUGAGUUCGUAUUGAUUGCAAUGACCAGAUCUUAUGCACUUCAACCUCUACUGUCUUUUAACUUUGCAGGCAUUGUCAGACCAACCAGAUCUACCGAUGAUAUAUAUUCAUUUUUGCAGCCGAUGAAGUGAUUAGUUACUAGUCAGCGUGGUCUUUUGAUCUGUGAAGUUUCACUGAUGGCUAUGCUAUAUAAUAUGAAGGUCUCGGCGCUGCGUUCGUACCCGAAGUCGUGGGUGGAUAACAUCGACCCUUUUGUGCUGCGGCGCCUUGUACACAAGUGAUUUAUAGCCAGGAUCGCGAAAGCGGCCGUCUUGUGAAAGUGUGGGUUGAGUAACGGUUUGGCUGGUUGCCGCAGCUCACACUGAAAGUCGAGGCUCCAUGCUCUCUACCGGAAGAAAGCACAUGCACUGUCAUGCAGCGGCGUGCAGCAUCCAACCAUCUAUCUAUCCAUCCUCCAACCGCUUAUCAUGGUGCAAUACCAUGCCGGGAAACUGAGGUUCUGGCUAAAGCCCGUGAUAUCCCCAUUGCUUGUAUAUUACUACGGUUAGACGGGUAACUACAGGCUGUCCUUAUCAAGAAAGUGCAACGCCUGAAGUCCUGCAUAAUGCCAGCGGAUUUGUGUGCUUAUAGCGAUACUUUAACGUGAAUCUCCGGUGAUUUUAAGAUGGCGACAUCCUGGAGCGAUCGACUGCAGAACUGCGCCGACCUUCCCGCCAACAUGGACGGCCUGGCGUUGAAGAAGUACCGGCGCGAGGCUUAUCACAGAGUGUUUGUGAACAGAAGCUUAGCGAUGGAGAAGAUUAAAUGCUUUGGCUUCGAUAUGGAUUAUACCCUAGCAGUGUACAAAUCCCCAGAAUAUGAGUCUCUUGGCUUUGACCUGACCGUGGAGCGACUCGUGUCCAUUGGCUACCCUCAGGAGCUCCUCAAUUUUGUCUACGACCCUUCUUUUCCCACCAGGGGUCUUGUGUUUGACACAAUGUAUGGAAACCUGCUGAAGGUGGAUGCAUAUGGCAACAUCUUGGUGUGUGCCCACGGCUUUAACUUCAUGCGAGGACCAGAGAUCCGGGAGAUGUACCCGAACAAGUUCAUCCAGCGAGGAGACACAGAUCGGUUUUACAUCCUGAACACUCUCUUCAACCUCCCUGAAACCUAUCUCUUUGCAUGUCUGGUGGACUUUUUCACUAACUGUGACAGGUACAGCAGUUGUGAAAAAGGCUUCAAGGACGGCGACCUCUUCAUGUCCUUCAAGAGUAUGUUCCAGGAUGUGCGUGAUGCUGUGGACUGGGUCCAUUUCAAGGGAUCUCUGAAGGAGAAAACGGUAGAAAACUUAGAGAAGUACGUGGUGAAAGAUGCGAAACUCCCCCUCCUCCUCAGCCGGAUGAAUGAGGUGGCCAAGGUUUUCCUCGUCACCAACAGUGACUACAAGUAUACUGACAAAAUUAUGAUGUACCUCUUUGAUUUCCCCCAUGGUCCAAAGGCAGGUACCUCUCACCGCCCUUGGCAGUCGUAUUUCGAUCUCAUCCUGGUUGACGCACGGAAGCCCAUGUUUUUCGGAGAGGGCACGGUGCUCAGACAAGUAGACACGAUGACUGGCCGGUUGAAGAUUGGGACGUACACAGGACCUCUGCAGCAUGGCAUUGUAUACUCUGGAGGGUCUUCAGACAUUGUGUGUGACCUGCUGGGCGCCAAGGGCAAGGACAUCCUGUACAUCGGAGACCACAUCUUUGGGGACAUCCUCAAGUCCAAGAAGCGGCAGGGCUGGCGGACCUUCCUGGUGAUUCCUGAGCUGGCGCAGGAGCUGCACGUCUGGACCGACAAGAGCACUCUGUUCGAGGAGCUGCAGGGCCUGGACAUAUUCUUGGCGGAGCUAUACAAGAAUUUGGACAGCAGCAGUAAUGAGAGACCGGACAUCAGCUCCUUACAGCGAAGGAUGAAGAGAGUCACCCAUGACAUGGACAUGUGCUACGGCAUGAUGGGAAGUCUGUUCCGCAGCGGCUCCCGGCAGACGCUCUUCGCCUCCCAGGUGAUGCGCUACGCUGAUCUGUACGCCGCCUCCUUCAUCAACCUGCUCUACUACCCCUUCAGCUACCUCUUCAGAGCGGCACACGUCCUGAUGCCCCACGAGUCAACAGUGGAGCACGCCCACGUGGACAUCAACGACCUGGAGUCGCCCAUGGCCACCCGCAAUCGUCGCUCCCUGGACUUCUGGGACACGGAAUGCCGUCGGCACCAGUUGACCAGGUCCAUCAGCGAGAUCCAGCCCCCGCACCUCUUCCCGGAGACCCCCCAGGAGAUCACUCACUGCCACGACGAGGACGACGACGAGGAAGAAGAGGAGGAAGAAUGCAUGCAGCACACCUUAGAGACGCCAUGAAGAUACAGAUCCCAGGGAUGAGAUGCAGUUACACCAUUUGACUGGUACCUAAGGAAACUGACCAGAUGGACACCACCAUGGAAUGCAGGAGGGCAUGAAUUCUUUGGGGGGGGGGGUGGUAGUAAUUGAUAAUUGCAUAAAGUGAAUUAGUUCUGUGUGUGAAAGAGUGAGAGACUGAGAGCAGUGGAUUGGAUCUCCUGGCUUAACGAAAUGCCCGUUUAUGCUAUCAGCUAAAGCGAUUGUUCCGUGUGUCACUCGGUUUACCGUCCUCUCUGUCACACCACAAGGGUACCAGCAGAUUUAUCGUUGAUUAUUAUUAUUAUUAUUAUUAUUAUUAUCACAUUCAUUCCUCCAAAAAUCCCUGUUUCCCGCUGAUUUGCCAGCACGAACAGCUGAGUUUAUCAUAACCCCAAUAUGAAUUAUUUUUUUUUGAGGUCCUUCUACAGCUGGUGUGCAGAACAGGAAUCCCCAUGACCUCGCACCUCUGCACCGCCCAGGACACGGCCAGUUCCAGCCUGAUUAUCGUAGCUGCGUGUCGCUAGCAGUCGAUAACAGCUCUGUGUGCCCAGUGCAGAUCAAUCCAGCCGCAGGCCGCUAUAGGGUUAGGGGGCUUUGGGU